AUGUCUGAAGAUCUGCGCGAUGCCCGAGAGGUGUUCGAUCUUUUCGAUUUCUGGGAUGGUCGGGAUGGUUUAGUCGACGCCUACAAAGUCGGUGAUUUCUUAAGAUGUACUGGUUUGAAUCCAACAGAAGAAAACAUUAAGAAAUUCGGAGGAACCAAGAAUCAAGGUGAGAAACAACUCCCAUAUGAAGAAUGUAAAGCUAUUUGGGAGCAGGCUAAAGCUAUUAAAGACACCAUGACCCAUAAAGACUUUAGAGAAGCUUUCAAAUCAUUUGAUCGUGAAGGACAGGGAUUCAUCUCAGCAGCUGAAAUGAGACACAUGCUCAACGCCAUGGGUGACCGAUUAACAGACUCUGAAAUAGAUGAUAUUAUUAAAUAUACAGACGUCCGAGAGGACUUGGAGGGUAACAUCAAAUACGACACCUUUAUUGAGAAAGUUAUGGAAGGACCCCCUGGUGUGUAA